AUGGGGCAUGAUGAUGAUCAUGAUCAUGGAGGAAUGGAAGCAACCUAUAAGACGCAGAGGCCACCAUGGAUAGGACUCUGGAGCAGCCGUGAAUAUCUUGGUCGGCCGGAUUGGUGGAAGGAAAACGGUUUAAAGGAUGAUGUAGUACGCCGGGGAAAAUGGCGCAACUUUGGCGCAAAAACCAGAGAAGAAGAUCCUGAUUACUGGGAUCCUAAGGUACCCGAUGGAACUUCUUUGCAAGGAAGCUUUGGUCUUGAUGCAACCAAGAACAAAAAUUUUGGUUUGAAAGCCGAUACACCUGAGGAAUUGGGAGAAUUCCAAGAAAAGUUGAUGAAAGGCUCGCAUCAAUACAAGGCUAUUGCUGAACGCUGGAAUCUAUCAAAAGAACAUCCAGGAUUGGCUGUGAGCCCAAACAUGGAUACACUUUGGCUCACGCCAGCUUCAAAACUCGGAUCGGGAAGUAUUAUUCCAAAUAACUGGUACUUCAUGGGGCCGCGUUUCUUCGACAAACCAUUAAAUGCUGCACCACACGAAAAAGCUUUUGCCGCAGCAAAAUAUGUCGGAAUUUUCAUGCUUCCUUGGACACUUUUUGAUAUCAAAGCCUAUCCACCAUGCGGCUCGAAAGAUUUGCGACCUCGAAUGUAUAUUGAAAGGUAUAUGAAGCUGGCUCCCGUACCAAUGCUUAUUGCCGGAACUUGGGGCUUCACGCUAUCAUUUGCUGCAGCUAUGCGCGAUCGAGACGACGUUCAUAAUCAAUAUUAUGCUGCCGCUGCAUCCGGAUUUGCCCUCUCACGAAUCAAAAAUUUCACGAUUGGAGUUUCAUUCUUCCUUGUGGCUUCAGUUCUUGGCACUUUCUAUCACUACGCUCGUGUUUCUGGGAUGGGACUUCAGGGUCGUGUUGAGAAGAAUCAAUUCGGUAGACACUGGGGUGGACCACUGCUCUGGAAAUUCUUCCAACGAGGAGGCGCUCAAGUGCCCGAAAAGAACUUU